AUGGAGAGCCCGGCGGUCGCUGUCGCUCACGCCAAGCCCCCAGCCGCUGCCCCAGACAGCCCGGGCGCCGCCGCCCUCGAGCAGUCCCCCGAGCGGCCCCGAGCCCCCGGUUGGCUGGGCGGCCUGCGGUGUCUGCGGGCCGUGCUGCCCCCCAACUUUCGGCGGGAGGCGGUGGAGCUGGCGGUUCUGGCGGGCCCCGUGUUCCUUGCACAGCUGAUGAUCUUUCUUAUCAGCCUCGUCAGUUCCAUAUUCUGUGGUCAUCUGGGCAAAGUCGAGCUGGACGCCGUUACUCUUGCUGUCACGGUGGUGAAUGUUACUGGGAUUGCAGUUGGUACCGGCUUAGCCUCGGCUUGUGACACGCUCAUGUCUCAGUCCUUUGGUGCCAAGAACCUAAAGCGCGUGGGAAUCAUACUUCAGAGAGGAAUCUUGAUCUUGGCACUGUGCUGCUUCCCGUGCUGGGCUAUCUUCGUCAACACCGAGCGCAUCCUCCUGCUCCUGAGGCAGGACCCGGAAGUCUCCAGGAUAGCCCAAGUUUACGUGAUGAUUUUUAUUCCUGCCCUCCCCGCAGCAUUCGUGUUCCAGCUGCAGACAAGAUAUUUACAAAGCCAGGGCAUCAUCAUGCCUCAGGUUCUCACUGGGAUUGCUGCAAACAUCAUCAAUGUGGGCAUGAAUGCCCUGUUGCUGUAUGCUCUGGACCUGGGAGUGGUAGGAUCCGCCUGGGCCAACACCACUUCUCAGUUUCUCCUAUCUGCUCUGCUGUUCGUCUACAUGUGGUGGAAAAAAAUGCACGUCAAGACGUGGGGAGGUUGGACUAGGGAGUGCUUCCAGGAGUGGGACUCCUUUAUCCGUCUGGCUGUUCCCAGCAUGUUCAUGGUGUGCAUUGAGUGGUGGACCUUUGAGAUUGGGACCUUCCUUGCAGGACUCAUUGAUGUGACAGAGCUGGGAACCCAGGGCAUCAUCUAUGAGCUGGCGUCUGUGGCGUACCUGGUGCCCCUUGGCUUUGGGGUUGCGGCCAGCGUCCGAGUGGGCAAUGCUCUGGGGGCAGGGGACGUCGAGCAGGCUCGGUGCUCCUGCACCACUGUCAUCCUGUGUGCUGGAGUCUGUGCACUUGUGCUGGGAUUGCUACUCGCAGCUUUGAAGGAUGUGGUCGCCUACGUCUUCACCAGUGACAAAGAGAUUAUUGACCUUGCGAGCCAAGUGAUGCCUCUGUUUGCUCCUUUUCAUCUAUUUGAUGCACUUGCAGGCACCUGUGGAGGAGUCCUGAGAGGCACAGGAAAGCAAAAGAUCGGUGCCAUCCUGAAUGCCAUUGGUUACUAUGUGUUUGGUUUUCCCAUUGGGAUAUCGCUGAUGUUUGCUGCUAAACUUGGGAUAAUCGGUCUCUGGUCAGGAUUGAUAGUCUGUGUCUUCUUUCAAGCCCUUUUCUACUUGGUGUACAUCUUGCGGAUAAACUGGAACAGAGUUGCAGAGCAGGCACAAGUUCGAGCUGGGCUGAAAGGGACGAAGGAGCCCAUACCUACUCCAACAGAUCUGCCUAUCCUGGGCAGAGAAGGAGCUGAAGGAGUGGUUUUACCUGACAUCAUCAGACCAGAGACCCAGACCCUCCAGCUGAUGGUACUGGAAGAAAACUCCCAGAACACGGUGUCCACAGUCGGGGACGUCUUGACCCUGAGACAGCUGAUUUUCUACCGGGGGACAGCUCUAGUUCUCGCUAUGGCAGUGCUUGUGGCAGGAAUUCUCAUAAGGGUCCUCAGUGACUAGCUAGAAUGGAACAAUUAUCACUACAAACUGAAAGUGAUAAUUAUAUGCCGUACAUUAAGGA